CACACAGCGGUUGCUGGAAGCUGCAGAGCAGCUGCAGCCAGGUCUGCCUCACACUCACCACCAGAUGCAGCUCUCAGGGCACUCAAGUUUACUCUCAGCCUGACACACUCACAGCGUAACAAUGUCAGCGCACUGCCAGGAACACCGCAUGCAGAACCUGAGGCAGAUACAGAAGCAGAUGAGCCUGCUGGACCUGCGCCUGCAGAUGCUCCGUGACAGACUGUGCGCAGCUCGCCAUCACAGGUGUGCCCUUUGCUGCUGCAUGCACCCACCCAGAUGCCCGGCGAGAAGGGCCCUCUCUGCGAGACAGGAUCUGGAGCGACGACUGGACAGAACGAGAAGACUUGGCAUGAUGUUGAACUCAUGCUGUAAUCAAAACUGUUUGUCUUUGAUCAAUGUGAAGGGUUUUGACCCCAAGGAAAUCACUGUAGUGGUGAAAGAUGGGAAGGUGACCGUGGCAGCGGAGCGCAAGGAGGAGCACAACACCUGCAUGGGAAAGAUAAGCAGCUACAAGAAAUACAUGAAGGAAUUCAGCCUGCCGCCAGGGGUGUCCGAGAAGGAGGUGACCUACUCAGUGGAGUCCAACAACAUCGUGGAACCACCCAAGUGCUGCCCUUAUCUCUGCAACUGCUGAGCUGCAGCAGGGAGCCACCAUCACUCCUCUGCUUCACCCCCUUCUCCCCAUUGCAUCUAGGUGUGUCCCAAGAACUGUGUCAGCAGCCUCUCUUACCUCUUCCAAAAAAGAAAGCAACACUCUGA